UUUUAUUAUGUAAGUAAGUUAAGAGCAAAUAAAUUAAACAUAUUUAUAUUUAAGCAAUUAAUUAGAUGGCUCCGAUGAAUAAGCUCACGUUGACCGCCGCAUCAUGUGGCGGCGUUCUCAUUUUGGCAUUUCUUUUCUGUUUUGGUGUUCAGAGCAGUGAGGGAAUUAGGGCGCAGUCGCUCUCCUCUAACUAUACCGUCUUCAAAAGUGUCCCAAGUCCCAGCAUUGGUCACCAUAAUCCUCCCGGAGCUGCACCUCCCGGAGCUGCGGCAGCCUCCGCUGAUGAACUGCCGUCGUCGCUGCCCUCUAACUAUACCAUCUUCGAGGAAAGUCACCCAAGUCCCGGCCAGGGUCACGGAGUUCCUCCCACCGCUACUUCACCUCCGGCCAAUCAUUAAACCUAAAUGCAUGCCCUAGUUGAUGCCUCAUUCCCUCAACCUUGAUACCUUGGAUUUACCCCACCGCCACUCAUAUACAUGUAUAAGAUAAAUCUAUGUUACAAUUUAUGUACGUAUUUAAUACACUAUGAUACGAGUAAUUGAUACUACGUACUACGUAUAUAUGAAAGAAUAAGAAAUAAUGAACGAUUUCUACGUAUGUGUUAGACUC